UUUACAAAGCAUAUCGAUAACCAAGAAAUAUCAAUUCGCAGCUGCUGCUGCAUGUUUUUUUCGUCAAAAACAGCCGCCGCAUCCGUUACACAAAGAAAAAGAUACGAAAAACGUAGUUCUUGAGGAAGAUUCCUUCCUCUUCCGGCGUCGUGCCACACAGAUGGCGCCAUACACGAACUCAGGCAGUGUUUUAAACGCCGCCCAACCACUUGUUGUUUUUGGACUCUGCCCGUCCCAUAUAAUACCAUCCAUUAUCCACAAUACUCUCGGACGACUUUGCAUCCGAUGGUGAUAGGAACAAAAUCCGGAAUCGGGGCAUUCAGGGUCACUACACUCACAUCUGAACUCCAGACGUCGUCGUCGCUUAACUGUCAUAAAUUGUCAAAUAGUUUCGGAGCACGGAUUCGUCACAAUCUCAUUCGGAAUACGUAUAAUAACAACAUAUUGAAUUAACCAUAUCUCAAAUCAAGUUGCAAACAAACCGGUGAUUAGCCAGUGAUCAGUUUAUUGCCGCCAUCAAGUGUCUAGUAGUUGAAAAGCAUCCACAUUCCAAGAUGGCUGGUCAAAGCAAACUGGUCAAUCCACUGUGCAUCACCUGCAAGGACUUCCAGCAUCCAUGGACAGACCACUGCGUUAGUGCUACCGCCGGUAUCUUGCUAUCGGCCACGCCCUACUGCCUAAGGGUUUAUACAGUGGUCUACGCCCUAUCCCUGCUUAUGCGCCACCGCAUUCCCAGUCGUGAGGAUCUGCGCAGGACACUUCUGGGCAUUAUCCAAUCGACAGCUUUUCUGGUGACCAAUGCUUACACUUUCAUCCUAUACAACUGUGCACUGCGGAACAUAUUGGGAACCUAUCACUUCUCUACGGUAGCUUUUAUACCCUGCUUUUUCGCCUCAUUCUCGGCGAUAUUGGUAGAGCGACCUGCUCGACGGCCACUACUCACUCUAUAUGUGGCCAAUGUGGCAACGGAAACGCUUUGGAAGAUGGCAGAGGCGAGGGGAUGGGUGCGCUCCGUUCCAAAUGGACAGACAUUGAUCUUUGGACUGAGCAUAGCAGCUCUGCUGUAUCUUUAUCGUACUGGCACUUCCAAAGAUUCCAUCUUUAACAUACUUCGCAUCUUUGUGGGCAAAGAAGAAGCAGGACCAGUAGAAAAGUCCGGUCCUGUAGUACCCGGCGAGCAGCCUGCUCCAGACCGUCAUCGCCCUACCGUAAGCUUCUCCACUGUCUCCGACUGGGUGCGCGUUUAUAGCAACCUAAUUCGCGCCAAACAUGACAGCUGCCGGCACCAGCAGAGCUGCAUGGGUUACGCCUUGAUCGGUGGAAUUAAACCAUUCGUCGGCGGUGUGGCUCUGCAGGUGGCCCUCAAAAUGGUCAUGAACAUCAAGAGGAUCACCGCUGGAAAGAUGCCAUGGAAGAAGCUGGUCUUCACCCGAGGCACUUUGAAGCUGGGCAUAUUCAUGGGCAGCUUUUCCUUCCUAUACAAGUCGGUGUCCUGUCUGCUUCGGCACAGUUUCAACCGCGAUGAUGCCAAAUUCGCCAUUCCUGCGGCGUUAAUUGCUUCUGUGACCUUCACUCAGUAUCCGGAUAACACGGUGGCCUUGUAUGUCAUGUGGAAGGCGCUUCAGAUCCUUUGCACAAAAGGCCAAGAACUAGGAAUCGUACCACACAUCCCACACUUCAUGCUGUUCUUAUACUCAUUCUUCACGGCUGUGCUCUUCCAUGCGGGAAUCUUGGAGCCCAAGAGCCUGCGUCCUAGCUACUACAAGUUUCUGCAGGCCAUCUCAGGCGAUCGACUAAGCAGGUUUAAUCUGAGCGCAUUCGAUGUAUUUGGCCUGGGCAGUCAGCAACAGGCGCUGGACACCAUUAAAGCGUUAAAAAUUGUGGAGAAGUCUGCGCUACCCGCCUACUCAUUCGCCUCCUGAGCCGGCGGCAAUAGCCAAUUUUAUUAGGUGAUCAAUAAGUCGCCAGAGGCCCCAUUAUAUCUCUAUAUAUCCACGUUUUACAACGAGUUGUACAUACGUCAAGAGUCUCCGCGCUCAAAGAGCGCACAACGAUUACUAAACUAAGCUAGUAAGGGUGAAUUGUAAAUUAUGUUGACCGUUUUUUAUGUCUUGGUAUCAAUAAAACAUCUUCAAAAUAUAAAC